AUGAAUACUGAACAGAAAUCCAGUUGGCAAGAGCCGCUCCUGGAGACCCAAACCGGCUUCGAUUUCAAUGCCAAUUUAGUGGCUCCGGCUAUCGACCCUUCACUUCUCAACUUACAAUUCUUUUCAGCCGGAACAGGCACUACGUUGCCCUGGCCGGCUGGGCAACCAAUCUACACCUUCAACAACGGCUUCUAUGACGGCUCCAGCCCCUAUUCCGAUCUUAAUCUCCGCUUGACCAAUUUAGAAAGUCAAACUACAACGAUGGGCACGCAGAUUUCAUGUCUCGAAGCUAAUAUGCAAGCACUGACAGCUCGCUUUGAGAGCCUCAAGACACUUUUCAAGAGAAACUUGGCGAAUCUAUACGAGUGGGCCAGAAGUCUGACGAAUUACCUGAGCGAUCCAUCUCAGGGUUCAGACUGCAUAGAACAGGAGAGACUGCUAGCACCUAAGGAUGUCUCUGAGGAAGAUUCUAGUCAGUAA